AUGCUACUCAACAUAAUGUAUUAUGAUUUAUCGACUGAAGCUAAAACAUCGAACGGAACAGACAGUGCCAGUUUAGCAUUCGGUCCACUCUAUAUAAGCCCUCAGCAGAUUGGCAUCGGUAUUAUGGUUGAACUAUUUUCCGUAGUACCGAGUCUUUUGAUUGUUCAGUUAUUUCGACGUAUUCGCCCUCGUCAACAAGUUUCAGCAUUACGUCAAGCUCUAUAUGAAUUAAAACCAUCUGCACAAAUGUUUGUAUAUAUUUCAUCAUAA